ACUAUCGAGAACCCCACGGGAGCGCGCUUCCUCCUAAUCGCACCUCCGCUUGACAACCUGCUGUUUACAGCAUUAGCAGCAAAGAACCUCUUGUCCGUCAGACCAGCUCCACUCGUGAAAGAUGCCGCGCAUUGAGAACGACAUCAAGCUGGACUUCAAAGAUGUGCUGCUUCGACCCAAAAGAAGCACACUGAAGUCACGCAGCGAGGUGAAUUUGACCCGCAGCUUCACGUUCCGGAACUCGAAGCAGUCCUACGAGGGCAUCCCAGUGAUCGCUGCCAACAUGGACACCGUGGGCACCUUCGAGAUGGCGCGGGCGCUGGGCAAGGUGCGAGGGCCCUUGGGUUACGCCACUCGGAGCCCAAGUCAUCAGUUCGAAACCUUCCAUUUUAUAUUGUUUAGUAAUAUAGCAGCGAGUUCAGGGACGGGUCAAGGAGAUUUCGAGCGCCUCUCUGAGAUCCUGUGUGCGGUGCCCCAGGUCCGCUACAUCUGUCUGGACGUUGCUAACGGUUACUCUGAACACUUUGUGCAGUAUGUGAAGGACGUCAGAGAGAGGUUCCCAGAGCACACCAUCAUAGCUGGCAAUGUUGUGACGGGGGAGAUGGUAGAAGAGCUCCUCCUCUCUGGAGCCGACAUCAUUAAAGUUGGCAUCGGACCAGGUUCGGUGUGCACGACGCGUAAGAAGACGGGGGUGGGGUACCCCCAGCUCAGCGCCGUCAUCGAGUGCGCAGACGCAGCACACGGCCUCAAUGGACACAUCAUCUCUGAUGGAGGCUGUACCUGCCCAGGCGAUGUAGCCAAAGCUUUUGGCGCAGGGGCUGAUUUCGUGAUGCUGGGGGGCAUGCUGGCGGGGCACUCGGAGAGCGGGGGCGAGAUGAUUGAGAAGGGGGGGCAGCAGUACAAGCUGUUCUAUGGUAUGAGCUCUGAGACGGCGAUGAAGAGGCACGCGGGAGGAGUCGCGGACUACAGGGCCUCUGAAGGUAAGACAGUGGAAGUCCCCUUCAAGGGUGAUGUGGAGCAUACCAUCAGGGACAUCCUGGGGGGGGUGCGCUCCACCUGCACCUACGUGGGAGCUUCCAAACUGAAAGAGUUGAGCCGCAGGACCACCUUCAUCCGAGUCACUGAGCAACUCAACACAGUGUUCGGAGCCAGCAACUAGACACCCCACCAACCCACACCCACACCUUCAUCCGAGUCACUGAGCAACUCAACACAGUGUUCGGAGCCAGCAACUAGACACCCCACCAACCCACACCCACACCUUCAUCCGAGUCACUGAGCAACUCAACACAGUGUUCGGAGCCAGCAACUAGACACCCCACCAACCCACACCCACACCUUCAUCCGAGUCACUGAGCAACUCAACACAGUGUUCGGAGCCAGCAACUAGACACCCCACCAACCCACACCCACACCUUCAUCCGAGUCACUGAGCAACUCAACACAGUGUUCGGAGCCAGCAACUAGACACCCCACCAACCCACACCCACACCUUCAUCCGAGUCACUGAGCAACUCAACACAGUGUUCGGAGCCAGCAACUAGACACCCCACCAACCCACACCCACACCUUCAUCCGAGUCACUGAGCAACUCAACACAGUGUUCGGAGCCAGCAACUAGACACCCCACCAACCCACACCCACACCUUCAUCCGAGUCACUGAGCAACUCAACACAGUGUUCGGAGCCAGCAACUAGACACCCCACCAACCCACACCCACACCUUCAUCCGAGUCACUGAGCAACUCAACACAGUGUUCGGAGCCAGCAACUAGACACCCCACCAACCCACACCCACACCCACACCUUCAUCCGAGUCACUGAGCAACUCAACACAGUGUUCGGAGCCAGCAACUAGACACCCCACCAACCCACACCCACACCUUCAUCCGAGUCACUGAGCAACUCAACACAGUGUUCGGAGCCAGCAACUAGACACCCCACCAACCCACACCCACACCCACACCUUCAUCCGAGUCACUGAGCAACUCAACACAGUGUUCGGAGCCAGCAACUAGACACCCCACCAACCCACACCCACACCUUCAUCCGAGUCACUGAGCAACUCAACACAGUGUUCGGAGCCAGCAACUAGACACCCCACCAACCCACACCCACACCCACACCUUCAUCCGAGUCACUGAGCAACUCAACACAGUGUUCGGAGCCAGCAACUAGACACCCCACCAACCCACACCCACACCUUCAUCCGAGUCACUGAGCAACUCAACACAGUGUUCGGAGCCAGCAACUAGACACCCCACCAACCCACACCCACACCCACAUCCGAGUCACUGAGCAACUCAACACAGUGUUCGGAGCCAGCAACUAGACACCCCACCAACCCACACCCACACCUUCGUCCGAGUCACUGAGCAACUCAACACAGUGUUCGGAGCCAGCAACUAGACACCCCACCAACCCACACCCACACCUUCAUCCGAGUCACUGAGCAACUCAACACAGUGUUCGGAGCCAGCAACUAGACACCCCACCAACCCACACCCACACCUUCAUCCGAGUCACUGAGCAACUCAACACAGUGUUCGGAGCCAGCAACUAGACACCCCACCAACCCACACCCACACCUUCGUCCGAGUCACUGAGCAACUCAACACAGUGUUCGGAGCCAGCAACUAGACACCCCACCAACCCACACCCACACCUUCAUCCGAGUCACUGAGCAACUCAACACAGUGUUCGGAGCCAGCAACUAGACACCCCACCAACCCACACCCACACCCACACCUUCAUCCGAGUCACUGAGCAACUCAACACAGUGUUCGGAGCCAGCAACUAGACACCCCGCCAACCCACACCCACACCUUCAUCCGAGUCACUGAGCAACUCAACACAGUGUUCGGAGCCAGCAACUAGACACCCCACCAACCCACACCCACACCUUCAUCCGAGUCACUGAGCAACUCAACACAGUGUUCGGAGCCAGCAACUAGACACCCCACCAACCCACACCCACACCUUCAUCCGAGUCACUGAGCAACUCAACACAGUGUUCGGAGCCAGCAACUAGACACCCCACCAACCCACACCCACACCUUCAUCCGAGUCACUGAGCAACUCAACACAGUGUUCGGAGCCAGCAACUAGACACCCCACCAACCCACACCCACACCUUCAUCCGAGUCACUGAGCAACUCAACACAGUGUUCGGAGCCAGCAACUAGACACCCCGCCAACCCUCACUGGUACCAGCACCAAGGCAUGCUGGGAGAUGUAGUUUUUUUUUAACAGACUUCAAUAUAAACUAUAGCAAAGCAACACUCACUGCAGUCGCACCUCUGUAAAGAACUACAACUCCCAUCAACCCUCCCUGGUACUGCCAGCACCGAGGCAUGCUGGGAGAUGUAGUUUUUUUUUUUAACAGACUUCAAUAUAAACUAUAGCAAAGCAACACUCACUGCCAUUGCGCCUCUGUAAAGAACUACAGCUCCCAUCAACCCUUGCUGGUACUGCCAGCACCGAGGCAUGCUGGGAGAUGUAGUUUUUACAGUGAUCCUCUCUGU